AUGGAGAACACCGAAGUACCCGACCCCAUGAGGCCGGUGGUGGAGUCGGUGGUGGAGUCGGUGGCUGUUAAAGGCGUAGAAACCGAAGAGUCGGCACCUUCUACCGCAGUUCCGAUGGAAGCUCACGCCGGGAGAGGAGUGGUUAAUUCGGUCUCUAAGUGUUGUGAUGCUUGUCAAGGUUUUGACAAGAAGUGUUUCAAUAUGAUGGUCCCGAGCAACGUUGCUUGUUGUGUGGUGUGUGAGGCGCGUAACUACGGCCGUGCGAAUAUUUUACACACCGGUUUCUACGACCCCACGGCCACACUGCGUGUGGGAGUAUGUGUGCCGCCCUGGUUGCGAACAGAGCUGAGUGAAGAGCUGCUCCGGGCGCUUAGACAGCGCAUCCAGUGCGCGGUGCUGGACGUAUUACGGUCGGAAAGGAAUAUCUCAACGACUGACUUUUCAGGCGAGUCCAGUGUCCGGUCAGCAUACUGUUUGGUCAAGAAUCCUCUGUACAAGAAUCCUGGUCACAUCGUCCAAGAGAUCAACACAGCGGGCGACGCAAACACCCUUGGUAACAAGACUCACGACGGAACAGUCGACAAUAUCCCGGGCGGAUUCUCAGGGGGGGAUCCUGAAGCGGCAGUGUACGUGUUGGAUUUAGUGUACACAAGUCCGUUUUGUGACGUGGUGAAAAAACGGAAGGGUCGUAAGCGAUAUAUGAAGGAGCCGCCGUUGAAUUGGUCUAGUCGUCCUUUGAAGCUGACAGUGGCGUUCCAGGCUUUGAACCAUCCCAUCGUAUACCAAGGUCGUUACAAUAAGCUAGCUAGAGAUGUGGCGCAAACUAAAUGGAUCAAUAAUGAGUAUACUUCUAUUGAAGAAUUGUUGGGAGCAAAGGCGAACCAAGUCCACCGUUGCUCAGAAUUUAACCUCAUUGGAUCAGGGAGAGAAGAUGUCGAUGUAAAAAUGCUUGGACAAGGUAGACCUUUUUUGUUAGUGCUCAAGAACUCGAAAAUUCUACCAUCCUGCCGCAAGAUUAAAGAGGAUCCGACGGAGGCGACGAUUAGCCAGGAGGAGGAGGUUAUCCCCUUGAUGGCUGAGUCGUACCGUUUGCGAGAUGGAGACGUUUUGAUACAUGAUUUGCGCUUGAUUUCUGAAGGUUUCAAACAAGUCUCACAAACUACGAAAGCAUUCCAGGAGACAAUCGCAAAGAAGCUCAAGAUGUACUCCGCUCAGAUUACGACGAACAAAGCUGUGGACGUAAAUUCAUUCAAUGAUCAAUUCGACAAGAUUUUGAAUGUUGACACAAUACCAUGUGACCCAUCAUGUUCCAGAGAGUGUGUUCUAAUUUCCAAGAACGCGGACUCCUUAUACAAUAUCCAGUCCAUGCCAUCUGUACCGGCGUUGGAGGUUGAACAGCGGACGCCUUUAAGAGUUGCUCAUCGUCGGGCGGACCUGAUUCGGAAACGGAACAUUUACAGCAUGCGGAUAACGUUGAACAGUUCACCGGUAAUUCACGAUGACUUUUCCCGUAACGUAACGAAUUCCUCUACAACGAUUUCUCCUUCUUGCAAGUAUACAUUGGAGAUCUUAGGUAGCGCCGGACUUUAUAUCAAAGAGUUCGUGCACAGCGAUUUAGGAAGAACUAAACCUUCUCUGGCCGCAUUGUUCAGAGAGACUGAUGUCACAUGCGACAUAACACAAUUAGAUGUACUCAACCUGCUGGCUCUUGACAAUAAAGUUACCCUCGAAGAAGACUCUUAA